GCUGUGCUGUGCCGUAUCCCAAGGGCUGGUGCUCGCCAGAGGAAGAGCCUCCCAGCUCCUCCCAGUUGGCUGCACUGUUGUGGAAGUGAGCAACUGGUUUGCAGGGAUGCUGAGCCCAGCGGAGAGCAGGCGAGGAGGGUCCUGGGGGGCUCGCAGGGGUGCAACAAGGGGGGAGUUGGAGAAAUCCUGGCCCUGAGCCUGGCAGAAUGGAUCCUUGCCAGCCGUGCCGUGCGUGGGAGGAGGCGGGAGGGCCGGGGGCGAGCGGGGAGGCCAGAGGAGGGGCCCCCGCUCUCCUUCUCCCGUGACCGAGGAGCACGGUGGGUGCAGCUGGGGCUGUUCCCUCCUGCCGCCGUGCAGCCAUCCCCGGGGUCAGGCUUCUCCCAGCGCGCAGGCAGCUGCACCGGAGCCUCUUUGCCCAGCCGAGCAUCCUCCCGCCGCGCGGAUGAGGACGGAGAGAGGGAGCUGGGGGCCGCCGGCAUCCGCCUUGCCGGCACACGGCUGGGCAAGAGCUGCCCCGGCACAAUAGGCAGAGCCUCCGUGGGGGGCAGCGGACCCCCUGCUCCUGCCGGGACCAGACCCUCUCCCUGGCCACCAUGGUGGUUUUCAUGGGCAGGAACCUUUCCUCGCUUCUGGCUUUCUUCAAGAAGAAGGGCGCUACCAAGGGCGAGGCUGAGAAGCGGCUGAGCGUGCAGUAUACGGCGGGCGAGGAAUGCCCCGACAACGUCUUCUUCCCCACCACGCGGCCCCCGCACCUGGAGGAGCUGCACAACCAGGCUCAGCAGGGACUGAAGUCCCUGCAGCACCAGGAGAAGCAGAAGCAGACCAAAAGUGCCUGGGACCACGGGGACACCAGCAGCCUCCAGUCCUGCGCAUCCUCGGAGGAUGACAGCGUGUCCUUUCGGAGCCGGGCGGCCUCCUGUGCCACUGACAGCACCUCCGAGGACGCCCUCUCCAUCCGCUCCGAGAUGAUCCAGCGGAAAGGUUCCACCUUCCGACCGCAUGACUCCUUUCCCAAAUCCUCAGAGAGGGCUGGCAAGAAGAGGAAAGAAAGGAGGACGACGGUGCUGGGCAUCCCCCAGCAUGUCCAGAAGGAGCUGGGUCUCAGGAACAGCCGGGAAGCCAAGGGACACCCCGAGGCUGAUGGGCGAGGGCAGGCAAGGCACGGGGGCAGCCAGGUGCCACAGCCCUUGCUGAACGGCGGGCAGGUCUCCGGCGACGCCGUCCGCAUCCCCACCAUCGACGGGAAGCUGCAGCCGCUGGCUGUCUCCGGGGGUGCCCGUGUUCGCCUGGGAGCCUUGGAGGAGGCAGACACGGCCCUGCAGAAGCACAUCGACCGGGUUUACUACGACGACACGUUGCUGGGGAGGAAGACGGCGGCCAAGCUGUCGCCCAUGGUGAGGCCAAAGUCACUGGCCGUGCCGGGCAUGACCACCAACGCCACCCCCCCGGAGCUGCUGAGCCCUGUCAUGUCCAUCUCGCCCCAGGGCACCUACAUGUCCAAGAUCAUUCCCAACGCCAUCCUGCCGCCCAUGGUGGACGUGGUGGCCCUGACGCGGAGCAGCGUGCGGACGCUGAGCCGCUGCAGCCUGGUGUCGUCCAGCCCGGCCUCGGUGCGCUCCCUUGCCCGCUUCUCGGAGUGCAGCACCCGCAGCCGCGAGCCCUCCUCCUCCAGCGACAACUGGAGCCACUCGCAGUCCACGGAGACCAUCGUCUCCAACAGCUCCACCAUCUCCUCCCAGGGUGGCUCCGACCGCCGGCAGCCCGAGGCAGGACCGUGCGGCGAGGCGGAUGCUGUGGCUCGCUCCGACACCGACCAAGUCAGCGUCUACAGCUCUGCCAGCUUGGCCAGCUCCUGCUCCAAGCCUGCCGCAGGCCCUGCACCUGCGGCCCCCGGGCUCCUGGUUGUGGGGGGCAGCAGCGGCCGGGCGUCCCCCGCCUAUAGCAUGAGCAGCCAGGCGGAGGGCUCGGACACAGGCAGCCUGGCCAGCGAGCGCUCCUCCGCCCGCAGCGUCUCCCUCAGGAAGAUGAAGAAGCCCCCGGCUCCCCCUCGCAGGACCUACUCUCUGCACCAGAAGGCCGAGGGGGAGCCCAAGGUGCUGGGGCUGCCCCCCAAGCCCGACCGGCGGUCCCAGCGGGAGAGCAGCGCGCCCUGGUCCCCGCGCCCCGAGCCCUUCAGCCCCACGGCCGAGGAUGAGGUCUUCUCCCCGUCAUCGCUGAGCGAGACCAGCAGCCUCCGCUCCGAGAGCCUUGCGGGCGCCAGCUCCCCCGAGGCCUCGCGGGGCAGCCCUGGGGUGACGGUGGUGCUGAGGGAGCCCCAGGCUCAGCCCAAGUGGAGCUGCCCGGAUGGGUCUGACCGCACCAUGUCCCCUUCCAGCGGCUACUCCAGCCAGAGCGGGACGCCCACGCUGCCCGCCAAGGGGCUGGGACCCCCAUCUGUAUCCCCGGGCAGGGCUCAGCCCCAGAAGCCGGACCGGGUGUGCUCCCUGCAGUCGCCUGCGCUCUCUGUGUCCUCCUCCCUCACCUCCAUCUCCUCCUCGGCCUCGGACCCAGCCCCCCCAGAGACGCUGCCCUGCCGCUCGGACCGGUUCAUCAUCCCGCCGCACCCCAAGGUGCCCGCUCCCUUCUCCCCGCCACCCACCAAGCCCCAGCAGCCCACGGCCCCCGCCGGCCCCCUCCUCCCCUCGCCAGACCCACCGGUGCCCAGCACUGCCUGCCAGGAGCCCUCGGCCAAGCCCAGCGGCAAGUCUCCACCGCCAUCGCCGCCGCCUGCCUACCACCCGCCUCCUCCGCCGGCGAAAAAGGUGGAGGGGACCCCCCAGGCCGCCAGCGAGACCCCCGCCGACACCGCCUGGCCCCCGCCGCCCCCGCCGGCUCCCGAGGAGCACGACCUAUCCAUGGCGGACUUCCCCCCUCCGGAUGAAGCCUAUUUCUCCAGCCUGCCCGAUGCCGCGCCGGCUCCGGCGGCCGGGCAGAAAGCGGCACCAAGCCCGGGGGCUGCGUCGUCUUCGUUCUCGGCCGCCGUCUCCUCGCGCAGCCAGCAGCAAGGCCCGCCGGCUGGGGCACCGCGGCCGCCUUCCCCCGCCGAGCCCCCUCCCGAGGUCGCCGUGCCCCCGCCACCGCCGCCACCUCUCCCCCCACCCUCGGCUCCGGCUCUGCCGCCCCAAACCAGCCUUAAGAAGGCGGCCAACGGCCCCCGGGCAGACGCCAAGAAGGAGCCGGUGUCGCGGAGCAAGAGCGGUCCCGUGCCCAAGGAGGAUGCCAGCCUGCCCAUCGUCACACCCUCGCUGCUGCAGAUGGUACGGCUGCGCUCCGUGAGCGUGGAGCCGCCUGCCGGGGCCGGUACCGGUGCCGAGGAGCGGCCGGCACCCCAGAAGCCUGUCCGCCGGUCCCUGUCCACACGGCAGCCCCCUCCUGCCAAAGACGCGGUGCCUUCAAACCAGCUCCACCACGCCGUGCACCUCAAGGCUGCCGCCUUGUCCUCCGGUGAGGCUGCGGAGAAGCCGCCGGGCAGCAGAGCGGCUCUGCCCGGCUCCGAGGGGCCCCCCGGGGACGGCCAGCUCUCCCCCAGGCACAAGUCACCGGCCUCCACCGCCAGCUUCAUCUUCGCCAAGAGCUCUAGGAAGCUGGUGAUCGAGACGGCCUCGUGCCCCGAGGCGCAGGCUGACCUGAAGAGGAACUUGGUGGCCGAGCUGAUGAAUUUCUCGGGGCAACGCUCGGCAGCCCCGGCUGCCGCCCAGCAGGGCCCCGGCAAGGCACAAGCCCACCGAAAACCUGGCAAGAUCCCCCCUCCGGUAGCCAAGAAGCCUUCGCUUGGCCCGGGGCCGGCUCCUUCCCCCCUGAACCCAAAGGCACCGGCGGCAGAGGCACUGGGCUCCCCCGUGCCGGACGGGAAAGCCAAGGCAGUGCCGGCGGACGAGAGCAGGACUAAGAGUGAGCCGGCAGGGAUGGCGGCCCCGGGGACGGAGGACAGGAGCGCCGCAGAGCCGCCGGCUCAGAGCCUCCCUGCACAAGAUGGACGGGGAGAGACGGCCUGAAGGAUGAAGCUGCAGGACUGGUGUCCCCAUGGACAGGAAUCCAAAUCUCUCAGGGACCUGGGCAGGUCAACAGACGAGUGUGGAACUGGCAAUUAACUUAAUACAGGAAGCAAACAGCCUUAGCCUCCACGGCCUUGAUGAUAUUUAUGCAAAAAUGGUGUUGGUUUCACUUUCCUAAGUACUACAGCUUUAUUUUGCUUUUUUUUUUUUUUUAACUGGACUCGAGGCCCAUGCCCAGAGCCAGCACCUCCUCCCUGCCGGGCUGCCGCUUGGUUUGCGCGUGCGGAGCAGAGCAGCCACGCUGAGAGGAGUGCGGGGGCCGAAGACACUGGAGCUGGAGCUGUUCUGCUCCCGGCCAGCCGGGUCCACGAGGAAUCGAAGCACUUUGGACAAGGGAAGGGGAAGGCUUCGGCCACGGCAGUGCCUGGGGGGAUGCGGGCAGGAGCAGCAGGACAGGACAGAGGCUGGGAGGGACCAGGGCCUUGGCCCUUGAUGGAAAGGCAAGAAGGGGCUCUUGGCCAGCACCGAUCUCUGCCUGCAGCAGUGCAGUCUCUGGGCACUUGCUGGCUGCCCGGCACAGCCAGCCUGCAGCCGUGCUGGUCCCAGGGUGGAGGGGGAGCCCGGCUGCCCCGCAAGCUGGUCUUCAGGCCCUGGGGUAGAACCUCGAUUUCUGUUUCUGUAAACUUGGGUCACAUUUUGAUUUCUUUGAUUGUAAAAAAAAACCCAACCAAACCAAACCAAACCAAACCAAACCAAAAGCAACCAACCCUCUGCCGCCGAGUAGCCGCUCAGAGCUCUGUACCUGGCUGGUAAAAAUGAUGACCGAA